CCUCCAGCUGCUCCGGAGGCGGUUCCGAGGUAGACUCAACAAGUUCUUGGGCCUCGCAGCGCCGCCUGCAGCCCAGAAGCCCCGAGGACGCGCCGCCGUUGAGCCCCACACGCAGGCGGCAGCCGGCAGCAGCUGCUUCCACCUCCCCGUCCUCCAGCUCAGGCUCCGGCGUCGGCGGCGGCGGCGGGGGCUCUUCCACUCGCUCCCGAUCCUUCACGCCACGCACGAGGCCCGGCCCGGCCCCGCGUCGCCCCCGCCUCCACCCCCGCCCCGCGGGGCCCGGGGCUCCGCCCGCCUCGGUGCCAGCCGAGCGCACAGGCAGCGGGCGCGCGGCUGGCACCGGGCGCCCUCUCUACUGGCCGCUGGCUUCGCAGAGUACCCAGGACGCCGGGGCGGCCGCAAGGACUUCCCAGUCGCUCCCUCCCCCUCUCCGCCCCCGCCUCCCGGCCCGGGCACCGCGAUCUCGCCGAAGACAAUUGCAGUAAAUGAGGACAUCUGAGGAGCACCGAACCCAGUGGCUGUGGCUGGCUCCGCCGUGCCGCGAGCGAGCGAGCGCGCGGGCGUCCCAGGAGCCGGCCGAGCCGCUGCCUCCCCGCGCGCGCCGCUGAGCGGGGCCGGAGGGACGCGAACUGCGGCGCGGGGGCCGGCCGGGCCCGGCCCGCGGCGGUGGAGGGGGCGGGCGGCGGGCGCGCAGCCGGCCAAGUCCCCGGAGCCGAGCUUCCUCCGCGCGAGCCCAGCGAGCUUUGCCGCGGAUGCCCUGCCCGGAGUGCUCCGUGCCGCGCCAGGCUUGCCAGGGUCCGCGGCGAGACAUGCCCGAGCCCGGCGCUGUACCGACCUCGACUUAUCUGUAAGCAGCCGAAGGAACCAUGGUUAGUAAGGACAGCGGCACAUGCACACUCACACCGCCGCCUGAGAGUGAAGUGGAGCCGGCCGCCUGCCUGGCCCUGGAGAUGAAGUACACAUUGGACCCCAACCGGCAGAUCAAGAAGCGGAAUAAGGCCCUGCAGGUGCGCUUCAAGGACAUCUGCGAGGCGCAGAAUGAGCAGCGUGACGCACAGCCUCUGGCUGCGGGCCAGCCACCGCCCUCCGAGAAGCGCGAAGCCAGGCCCUCAGCCUGCCGCUCAGCUCAUCGGAAGUACAUGACGGUCCCUGCGCGCCGCUCCAUCCCCAAUGUCACCAAGAGCACAGGUGUGCAGACUUCGCCAGACCUCCGCAAGUGCUACCAGACCUUCCCACUGGACCGCAAGAAAGGGAACCUCAAGGGUCUCCCAGCGCAGAACAAUGGGUUCCUUGCUGACACCCACGAGGCAGGGCCCACGGGAGAGGCCCGCCCUUUUGGUGCAGGGAACAUUCACAAGACCACGGCCUUGGUGUUCCGCUCCAGCGAUCACAUGGAUGAGGUGGACCGGCCUCCUGCGGUCAACUGUGCUGAGCCCUGCAGGAGCCCAGACUUGCUCAGCUCUCCCCAAGCCCCUCUCCAGAACUCGUCAGGGUCUCCAGGUCAAGAGCCAGCGCUGCCUGCCCAUGGGACGCUAUUUAAAACGGAGGUGGCUACUGUGUACACACCCGCCCUGGGCGCCACGGCAGCCGAGCCUGACUGGUCAGACUCUGCCGCUGCCAGUCAGUGGUCCCUGUGUCCUGCAGAUGAGGAGCCAAGGAGAGCCCCCCAUCUCAAUGGGCUCCAGGCGCCCCCAGACUCUGCUGCUACCUGCUCGCCCCCAACUCAGUGCCUGUCCCCAAGAUGUGGUGAACCAGGGCCUGAGAAGCAGUCCAGUGUCUCAGCAGCAGUUGCGGGCGAGGAAUGCCAACAAAUCGUGCCUCAUACGGAAGUGGUGGACCUCAAAGCACAACUUCACAUGAUGGAGAACUUGAUCAGCUCCAGCCAAGAAACCAUCAAAGUGCUCUUGGGGGUCAUUCAGGAGUUGGAAAAAGGAGAGGCCCACCGGGAAGGGCUUUCCUAUCGGACGGGGCAAGACACAGCCAACUGUGACACAUGCAGGAACAGUGCCUGCAUUAUCUAUAGCGUGGAGCUGGACUUCAAGCAGCAGGAAGACAAGCUCCAGCCAGUGCUGAGGAAACUCCAGUCCAUUGAGGAAACUCAGGUCGCACCCUCGCCUUACUCUCAGGAGACUUCCUCCUCGACUCCCAAGCAAAAAUCCAAACCUGAAUCCAAAAAGCACGGCAGAUGGAAACUCUGGUUCCUUUAG